CGCGCGGCCGGGGGCGGGACGUUCCCGACGUGCGCCGCGGCGCGCAGGAAGCGCCGGAUUUGAAUCUCAGCAGCGAUGGCGGCGUACGCAGCCGGGCAGUCGUUGCCCCCGGCUUGGCAGCUGUACCUGAAGGACCACCGCAUCUCCACGUUCAAGAACUGGCCCUUCCUGGAGGGCUGCGCCUGCACCCCGGAGCGGAUGGCUGAGGCCGGCUUCAUCCACUGCCCGACGGAGAACGAGCCCGACUUGGCGCAGUGUUUCUUUUGCUUCAAGGAGCUGGAGGGCUGGGAGCCGGACGACGACCCCAUCGAGGAACACAGGAAGCACUCGUCCAGCUGUGCUUUUCUUUCCGUCAAUAAGCGGCUUGAGGAACUCACCCUGAGUGAAUUUUUGAAACUGGACAAAGAGCGAGCCAAGAACAAGAUUGCCAAGGAGACCAGCAGCAAGCAGAAGGAGUUUGAGGAGAUGGCCAAGAAGGUGCGCGCGGCCAUCGAGCAGCUGGCCACCCUGCAGUGAGACCUGGUCGUGGGAGCCGGCUGCGGGAAGCGCCGCCCGGGCCCUCGGUGCUGCCUGCUGCACUGGCCCUGGACAGCUGCUCUCGGCCUUUGCUGCCCCGAGCGUGGUGUGGGGCUGGGAACUGGCAGUGCUGGGCCCGCUGCUGGCUGGCAGCCCUCUCCCGGGCGUGGUCCAAGGCCCUUCUGCCACAGCUAGCCCUGCUGGCCCCACGGCUGUCCUCUGUCGCGGCUGGUUUUUUCUCCUGUGAGCGUAAACCUGGCAGGUGAGAUAGCAGGCAGGGCCUGGGGCUGGCGGGUGGCGUGGGGUGCGUGAGAGCCCUGGGGCCGUCCCCUCUGCUCACAGUGGGCUGGCCUCUGCUGCUUCCUGUGGGGAACACCCAGUGCUGGUAAUUGAUCUGUCCUGUGGUAACUCCCAUGUGAUCCAUGAAAUAAACUCAUUUAACAAGUGGA